GACUUUGCUUCUUUUCUCCACGUUGACCCUUCAAAGUCCCCUGCUGCCAUGUGCACCUGGAAUCUAUGGGGUCAACCAUGGACUUGAGUGAUGUGACCUUUCUGCCAAAGGCGCCUUACGCGGGGAAGUUCGUACCAUUGAUCACGUGCCCACAGGUUGCCCAUGAACAAGCCUGUGCUCUUGCCAAAGUUGGUCCAGAAGAUAUGGCCUGCGACCUGGGCUGUGGCUUGGGCGGCUGGUGCAUUGAAGCCGCCAAGUGCGGUGCACAUGCACUAGGUCUCGAUAUCAAUCUUCAUCACCUCAGGCAGGCAGAAGCGAAUGCUGAAUUAGCUGGAGUGGCUUCCAUGUGCACCUUCCGCGAAUGCGAUUUCACUGCUCCCUCCUUCGAAGUGCCUGUCGAGGUGACAGUGCUCUUUGCGUACUUGCUCCCUUGGGCGCUUGAAUACCUGGAGCCUCAGCUCCAGAGAUUUGUGGAGCGUGGAGGCCGUUUGGUGAGCUUCCAGUUCCAUCCGGUGAACUUCAAAGCCUCCAAGGUCUCACUCUUCGGCGCCUUAAAGCUCUACAGGAGCUGCUCCGAGUCUGAAGGAAGCGGUGGUGACGAUGCGAUGUGAAACCCUCCCGGGAGCGAGCACGCAGGUGGUGAAUGUGACGCCGAGGACCAAUGUUAUCCAACGUUCAGUGUCUCUUUAGUGUCCGUGUGUGCGGGCGAAACGGACCAGUGCGGGCCCAAGUGGUGGCCCUCGACACCAUGGACUGAGGGGUCAGAUUCACGCUGACAGCCCCAGCCCUUUAAGCUUUAGAUGCUUGUUGCAGGAGGCAUUGCCUGGCAUUGCCCAAUCUUCCCCGGGGCAUCUCCCCAUGUGCAAGCGUCCUUGGUCAACCGGUCAGGCUGCAUUGACUGUGACCGCGGCCC